GUGAUGAAAGCGAUGUGACAUCACUCGUAGUUACUUGGUUCCUUCUGGUUCCCCAUAUGACUGGAUAUCAUCCGUUUCCUCUUGCGUUCCCACUCAAAACAUUAGCAUACACACAUUUAAUCAUUACUAUAUAUAUAUAUAGCAACACACAUGACAUGUGUAGUAUUACUAUAAUAUUACUUUUCAUAGUUAAGCCUAACCUUGUACGAACUAAAUAACCAUGGAGAGUGGCAUCAAGUAUUCUGCUUCAAGGUUGCAAAAGCUAGAGAGAAAAGUUAUUGAGAAGAACAGAAGAAACCAGAUGAAGUUUCUCUACAAUCACCUUUACUCUCUAGUCCCAACUCAUUUCAUAUCCAAGGGACGUAACAGUGGAGCGUCGGAUAGGGUGGAUAGAACAAUAGAAUACAUUCAAGCCUUAAAAGACAACAUUGAGAUGAACGAGAAGAAGAAGGAGAAGUUGUUGAGUAACAAGAGGCCAGACGAACACGCUAAAGUUAACAACGGGUGUUGCAAGUCACUAGAUAUUCAAAUCCAUGAAAUAAGUCAUGAUAUGGAUGCCGUUUUGGUAACGGGGUUGGAUAGUUAUUCUAGUUUUUGUGAGGUUGUUCGGUUACUUGGGCGUUACAGCGCUGAGGUAACGCUUGCGAAUUUUUCUAGCACUGGGCAUUCGACCAUUCACAUCCUCCAAAAACAGAUUGAAGCAGAUGAUGUUUGUAAAAGGGUCAAGAAUAUGGCAAACGGAUAUUCAAACGAAGUAAAGGAGUUGGAUGAUGCACCAUUUUGCAAUGAAGUUGACCCAGAUCUGAGUAUAUGGGACUUUGACUUCCAAUCUAGUGUUUGGGGAUGCGAGUUAGGGAUGAUUUUGAAUACAAAUGGAUAUAACUAAUAAUUGGUGUUGCUACUUUUAGAAAGAGGAAUCAUUUUUAGUUUUUACUAAAUACAGUAUUCCCUUUUGUUUAGUGGAUAAAAAAGGUGUAUAUAUGUGACCAAAAUGGCACAAUAAGAUGGAUUUGGAAUGUUAAACUAGUAAACUGUAUUUGUUUAGAUUAUCUUUGCCCCA